UCUUGUAUGAUGGUUUAUUUCUGUGUUAUAGUAUGAUUAAUAUAAAUGUCUCAGUCUUGGUUAUGUUAGCCUAUUUUGUUCUGUAAUGAUGCUUGAAAUGCAAAAAAAAAAAAAAAAAACUAUCCAUCUAGCUAGCUAGCCAUCAUGCGCAAAUAUUGCGCAGUCUUGAUGCAUGCCGUGCAAGGGGACGAAUGCGUCAUCAUGUUGCGACGAGAAACGUUAUUCUAACGUGGCGCUUUAUAUCAAAGCAAAUUUAAAAACACGGGCUGAAGAAAUAUUUGCUAAUUUUUAAUAUACAUGUACGUGUGUGGGAACAAAGUGCGCAUACACAGAAUUCUGUCAGAUCUGAACAUUAAUACCAAUGCAAUCUACCUCGGUAAAUUAGCUGUUCAUGGAUCCUGUAGUUAGACGUAAAAUCCCAGCGUGCGUUCGUUCAUUACUCACUGAUAUUGCACCGAAGGAGGAGAAGCACCUCAGCGACUGGCCUGAAACAGACUCUGAAUCAAUUACCACCAAAGAUGGGAUCGCGCUCCCCCAAAGAGGGACUUCUGAAGCUCUCCUGACACCUGCUGAUGGGACAGAGGGUGAAACUACUGCACCAUCAGUCAAACCAUGUGGGCUUUGCUUAUCCAAACCCUCCUGUUACACUUGCCCGAGGUGUAACGUCCCAUAUUGCGGCCUGGCUUGUUACAGGAGUCAGAAUCACUCCUCAUGCUCAGAGGAGUUUUAUAAAGAGUCUGUGCUGCAGGAGCUGAAAUCCCAAGGUGUCUCAGAUGAGGAGGGGAAAAGCAAGAUGCAGGACAUUCUGCUCCGGCUCAGACAGAGUGCAGAGAGCGAGGGAGGAAUGGAGAGUUUAUUAAGAAACCUGGGAGAAGAUGAAACUAGUGUGACCGAAAAAGACGCACAUGCUUUGGAGCUGCUUUCUCGGUUAGCAGAGAUUCAAUCUAGUGGGGAUGAAACAAGUCAUGAGGCACAAGAAAUACUAGCAGAACUCCGAGAUAUUGAAGACGGGAGUGAUGAAGAGGAAACUGAUUUAGCUGAGAAGUUAGCAGGCCUGGAUGUUGACUCUCUUUCAGAGGAUGAACUCUGGUCGUUGUUGUCAGCCCAGCAAAAGGAGAAAUUUGAGAGACUGGUGAAAGAAGGUGGCAUUGGUGGACUGGUUGUCCUGUGGAGCCCCUGGUGGGAACGGCAUGAGAAAGAUACUAAAGCACUUAUCAAGGAACUUCAGUCUGAGAAUGAUAAAGAAAUGCACAAUAUGAAUGAUAAAAAAGACAGAAAAAUUAAGAAAGUCAGUAGCAAUAAAGUAAAAUCGGACAAAUCACUAAAAAGCUCAAUCCCACCAAUAAGUGCCAAAAUCCCUCCUCUUCACACACUAUCUUCAAACCCAUCUCCUCUAGUGCGGUACAACCUGAUCAGUGCUCUUUAUGGAUACACCUUCUCGCUGUGUCUCUAUAAUGGAGACGUCUCAGAGAUGUUGCUCGAGUUCUGUCAGGUGGUGCUUGCCAUCUCAGAGGGUUUGGGUGGCGGACAGGUCUUCAACUCCGUCUCGGAGGCUCUCGACGCUGGAAUGAGAGCUGUAUCUGCAGGAGGAUACUUUGAUCGCGAGGACCCUUUAGCUCCACUUCGAGCUGUGGAAGCGGUGGCUCAUAUUCUGACUGGAGCGAGCAGAGAGGACGCUGUGGGAUAUUCUCUGUCCGCUCUGUCCCAGCUGCGCACCGCUUUGAGCAAGGCAAAGGCUUCUGUUCCUAAGGAAGAUGAGCAGAUGAGGCGGAUGUAUUUUCAAGCUGGAAAGAAGUGCGAGUUUCUUCAGUCUUGGUUGAAAGAGAAUCCCAAAGUUUUGAGGAGUCUUGCAGGAUGUGUGUGGAUGGACCAUGAGAGAAGGGAGAUGGAGAGGAUGAGAUUAGAAGGAGAGAAGAAAUGUUUGGAAAAGGGAUGGGAAAAAAGAAAAGGCGCUUUGAUAGAAGAAAUUUAAUUUAAAAUAAAAUCGUUUGUAUUGCAGGUAUUUGUGUCUGAAGAAUAAAAAAAAAAAUGUGUUGAGCCUUUAAAUGUCAUUAAUGCUGCAGUCCACACUUGAAGAUUCUACUGAACACUGAUGAUAAUAAAAAAAUGUGUAAUAAUACAUUACAAUAUAUUUUUCAUUUUUUA